AUGCAAGAGGCAGUCUUCCUCUUCAGUGAGGAGAAUCUAAACAAGGGGCAAUCCUCAGGGGGGCGUAGUGGCGGGGCCACCAAAUAUAAACAGAGCUCCCGUCGCGUAGUCCCCACAACAAACUGCGAGCUGAGUGACGCGACGGCUGAGAUUAGAAUAGUAGAGAAAGUUUUGAAGAACGGUGACCUUUACAAUGGAGGCUUAUCGGCAGGGGUGCCUCACGGGACAGGGAAAUAUUUGUGGUCGGAUGGGUGCAUGUACGAAGGGGAAUGGACACGUGGCAAAGCGAGUGGAAAAGGGCGUUUUUCUUGGCCAUCUGGAGCUACCUACGAGGGUCAGUUCAAGGAUGGUCGAAUGGACGGUGAGGGAACGUUCAUCGGAAUCGACGGUGACACUUACAGAGGGCACUGGCUUUGGGGGAGAAAGCAUGGCUAUGGAGAGAAGAGGUACGCAAACGGUGAUGUAUAUCAAGGGAACUGGAAGGCUAAUCUGCAAGACGGUAACGGACGUUAUGUGUGGAGCGAUGGGAAUGAGUAUGUUGGAGAGUGGAAGAACGGUGUUAUCUCUGGGAAAGGGACCAUGACUUGGGCUAACGGAAACCGUUACGAAGGGCUAUGGGAAAACGGAGCUCCGGUUGGAAAAGGUGUUUUGAGUUGGAGCGAGGAGAAGACGAGUAAUAAUCAGUUUGGUGGGUGGGGUAGGAAGAACAAAAAGAAAGAUGAUGAGAUUGUGCAGCAAAAACUCUCUUCGGUAGAAACUUUGUCAAAGAAUACAAACUUUCCGCGGAUUUGUAUUUCAGAACUGGAGGAUUCAAACGCGUGUGAUAAUGUAGAGGCAGGGUCGAUGCUGAGUCCAUACACGAGUGAGUCAGAUACAGGUGAUAACGUGAGUGGUUGUGGAGAGUAUGAGUGGGCAAGAAGCCCUUUGCUUUUGGAGAGUGGUGGUGCCAUGAGUUCGCAGCAAAGUCCGAGAUGGCUGGAUGAAGGGGAUGUUAAGAAACCGGGGUAUACAGUUACUGCCGGACAUAAGAACUACGAUUUGAUGUUGAAUCUACAGCUUGGCAUUAGAUAUUCUGUUGGCAAACAUGGUUCGGUUUUGAGGGAACUUAGGCAAUGUGAUUUUGAUCCCAAGGAUAAACAAUGGACCAGGUUUCCGCCUGAAGGAUCUAAGUCUACACCUCCCCAUCAAUCAAUCGAUUUUAAAUGGAAAGACUAUUGCCCUAUUGUGUUUAGGCAUCUAAGAGAGUUAUUUACUAUAGAUCCAGCGGAUUACAUGCUCGCUAUUUGCGGAGACGAAUCUCUUCGGGAAUUUUCUUCUCCUGGAAAGAGUGGAAGCUCUUUUUACCUGACUCAAGACGAAAGAUUCAUGAUCAAAACCAUGAAGAAAUCUGAAAUAAAAGUGUUGCUUAAGAUGCUACCAAAUUAUUAUGAGCAUGUCUCGAAGUACAAGAACUCAUUGGUCACCAAGUUUUUUGGCGUCCAUUGUGUCAAACCAGUAGGAGGCCAAAAGACUCGAUUCAUAGUUAUGGGCAAUCUAUUUUGUUCGGAGUAUCGUAUACACAAAAGGUUUGACCUGAAAGGUUCGUCGCAUGGCCGUACGAUUGACAAGGAUGAAGGUGAAAUUGACGAGACCACAACACUCAAAGACUUGGAUCUCAAGUAUGUGUUUCGACUCGAGACCUCAUGGUUUCAUGCCUUUAUCAACCAAAUCGACAUCGACUGUGAGUUUCUUGAAGCUGAGCGGAUUAUGGAUUAUAGUCUCUUAAUUGGUCUCCAUUUCCGGGAAUCUUGCUUGCGUGACGAUAUUUCUUUGGGGAUAGGUCGAAGAGAUCAAGAAGACAAAUUAAUGAGAGGAUAUAAUUCGCUUCCGAAUAUGGACUCUGUCACGCAGACUUGUAAUGGACCAUUAAUUAGACUUGGGGAAAGUACACCCGCAAAAGCAGAGCAGGUGAGCAGAUUUGAGGAAGAAUCAUGGGAAGAUGGCAGCAUUAACAACUCGAAUCCAAAGAAUGCAAGGAAGGAGGUUAUUGACGUGAUCCUUUACUUCGGUAUAAUUGAUAUUCUUCAAGACUAUGAUAUCACCAAAAAGUUAGAACACGCCUACAAAUCACUCCAUGCAGAUCCCACUUCUAUAUCAGCUGUCGAUCCCAAGCUUUAUUCGAAAAGGUUUAGAGACUUUAUAAACAAGAUUUUUAUUGAAGACAAAUGAGAAAAAAUAAUAUGUAACACCUGCACAAGUUUAAAGACCAAGAAUCUAAAGAUCCACCACGAGUUAUAUUGUACAUUGGAAUCUCUAGGCAUGUGAUUGGUAUACAGG